CUUCCUGCAGCUAGAAUGAUUGCUCUAUCUAUCUCUUCUUCCUUCUCUAGUCCCGCCCUUCCAAGUCUCUCUGGAGGGGGAAUCGGUAGCCCAAAAAGGGCCGGCAAAAGCGCCGACGUGUUCGGAGGAGCGGAAGUAGUCAAAUUUCAUUGAGAACCGUAAAGUGCGGCUGGCUGGCUCCCUUUCCGGAUAACGACAACAGCUCCGACUGUCAGUGCCGGCCUUCCUCGUGUUAAGAGGGUCUGUCGGACCCUUGCUAAUUCAAUUUUUUUCCCAUUCCGGGCCCUUCCCUAUCGUCGCCCCCUUCACCUUGGAUCAUGUUCAAGAAAUUUGAUGAAAAAGAAAAUGUGUCCAACUGCAUCCAGUUGAAAACCUCAGUUAUAAAAGGUAUUAAGAACCAAUUGAUAGAACAGUUCCCAGGUAUUGAGCCAUGGCUUAAUCAAAUCAUGCCUAAGAAAGAUCCUGUCAAAAUAGUGCGAUGCCAUGAACAUAUAGAAAUCCUUACAGUAAAUGGAGAAUUACUAUUUUUUAGACAAAGAGAAGGGCCUUUUUAUCCAACCCUAAGGUUACUUCACAAAUAUCCUUUUAUCCUGCCACACCAGCAAGUUGAUAAAGGAGCCAUCAAAUUUGUACUCAGUGGAGCAAAUAUCAUGUGUCCAGGUUUAACUUCUCCUGGAGCUAAACUUUACCCUGCUGCAGUAGAUACGAUUGUUGCAAUCAUGGCAGAAGGAAAACAGCAUGCUCUGUGUGUCGGAGUCAUGAAGAUGUCUGCAGAAGAUAUUGAGAAAGUCAACAAAGGAAUUGGCAUUGAAAAUAUCCAUUAUUUGAAUGAUGGGCUGUGGCAUAUGAAGACAUAUAAAUGAGCCUCGGAAGGAAUGCACUUGGCUAAAUAUGGAUAUUGUGCUGUAUCUGUGUUUGUGUCUGUGUGUGAGAGCAUGAAGACAAUACCUCUGUGGUUAUGCUGAAUAAAUUCAACAGAUGCUAAAAUUCUGUUGGCUUCAAACAUUAUUUUAAUUUCUCUUAAAGUCAAGUUAAAAUUGGGUAGCAAACUUGGACAUU